AUGGGGAAGCUGAUCUCCAAAGGCUGGAGGAAAAGAGAUGCUCGAGUUAUCAUGCUGGGGCUCGACUUUGCUGGCAAAUCCACCCUUCUGUACAAACUGAAGAGCGGCCAGGCUGUGGAGACCUGCCCCACGGUGGGAUUCAACGUGGAGUCUCUGAGAACUCCCUGUGGCAUUUCCUUCACCCUCUGGGAUGUUGGGGGACAAGACAGCCUGCGGGCCAGCUGGCCGAACUACCUGGAGGACAUCAACACCCUCAUCUUCGUGCUUGACAGCACAGAUACGGCCCGGCUGGCUGAAGCAAUGGCAGCCCUGGAGGAGGCCCUGAGCCACCCCGGCAUGGCUGGCACCCCUGUGCUCCUGCUGGCCAACAAGCAGGACGUGCCGGGAGCGCUGGCUCCUGCCCAGCUGGGCGAGAUGCCGGCUGGGGGGCUGGCCAGGCACCGCUGGAUGCUCCGGGGCUGCAGUGCCCACACGGGCCAGGGCCUGCAGGAAGUGCUGGCCAUCCUGGGAAUGCUGCUGCGGGGCUCAGGGCACAGCUCCCUGUCCCAGGAGCAGCCCAUCACGGGGCUGGCAGAGAGGAGGCAAGAUCCCGAGCAAACCUGACCCUCACAUGGACUCCUCCCUCUCACAGCUGCCAGCAGGUUUGUCAACGGGGCAUUCCAGCCUCCGGGCACCCCUACAAGGAGCAGAGCUGCAGCUGGCACAUUCUGUGAUGUUGGGAUCUCUCGCUGGUCAGAGUGACCCCGAGAUGUGUUAGAAAGUCUCUUUUCCCAGCCCGGCUCUUGAAAAAGGAGUCAGAGUUCCUCAAUUCUCGGUCUCAAGGUUGUUUAUCGUAUCUUAUCUAUAGAAUUAUUUCUCCUGUCCUGCCGAGGUCUGCUCAGCAGGACAGUCCGGGCACUCUGCCUGCCCCCAGGGCUGUGUUGUGUCUUUAUACUAAAAACUACGUGUAC